UGGCGUAAAAAAUAAAAUAAAAGUUCUUCAAUUUUAUUAAUUUUAUAUUCAUUGCAAUUAUGGAAGAAGAUAUGCUCUUUAACCCUAUCAUGAAAAAGAAGAAGAAAAAGAAAGAUAUAUCUCUAGAGCUUCAGGGUGAUGACCUUAAAAUUGAAAGUGAUAAUAAACCAAAAAAUGCAUUUAAUAUGGAAGAAAUUAGUGAAGCUUUACCAGAAACAUUAAACAAUGCAGAGGAUGCUGAAGGUACAGAUAUAUUUGAUUUAUCCUUAAAGAAAAAGAAGAAAAAGAAAAAUGUUGUCACAUUUGAUGAUCAAGAUAAUCUUCACAUGAAUGGUUUAGAUGAAGAUACACAUGAAGCAAGUACAUUUGCAAAUGAGGAUGAUGUCACAUCAUCCUGGUCAAAUACAGACAGAGAUUAUACCUAUGAUGAACUUUUACUGCGAGUAUUCGAAAUAAUGAGAGACAAAAAUCCAGACUUGGUAGCUGGAGAAAAAAAACGUCUCGUUAUGAAGCCUCCGCAAGUUGUCCGCGUCGGAACGAAAAAAACUUCAUUCGUUAAUUUCCACGAUAUUUGCAAAUUAUUGCACAGACAACCCAAACAUUUAUUGGCCUUUUUACUUUCUGAAUUGGGAACCAGUGGUUCGGUAGAUGGCAACAAUCAACUAAUUAUCAAAGGGAAAUUCCAGCAAAAACAGAUCGAAAAUAUCUUGAGACGUUACAUAAAGGAAUACGUAACAUGUCACACAUGUCAUAGUCCUGAAACGCUUCUGCAGAAAGAGACACGUCUCUUUUUUUUACAAUGCGAGCGAUGUGGGUCUCGCUGCUCGGUCGCCGCCAUCAAGUCUGGUUUCCAAGCCGUCACUGGAAAACGAGCCGCAAUUCGCGCCAACACUGCCAUGGCUCAGACUGCCCCAGCUUAAUAUUCUAUUCGAGAUAAUGGCCUUAUCGUACAAAAUGACGCUAUAUCACCUGGACAUUUAUUAUAUUUAAUUUUAUGUUUUAUUCUUAUUUAUACACAUUUCUACAAUGUUGCUAAUAAAUUUAAAAUAAAACCUUGGUUAAGA